AAAACUUUUAUUAGCUGGGGAGGUUGAGGCCUACAAUGGAGAAAGAACUUGCCGGAUUUUCGCCGCAAGGCAGGGCCAUAGCGGGGGUCAUAACGAGGCUUCCGCCUCCCAACCGAACGUCAAGCAAGAGCUCCAAGCGUCCCACACAAACCCCGUGGGGACACUGUGACGCCGCGCCACGGAAGGCCUCUGGGCUGGGGGAGACAGACACCGCCUCGCCGCUUCCGCCCGUCAGGACCAAGGCGGCCACGCAGCCCGGCCCGGAUUGGACGCUGGCGGUUGACGCCAGGUAGGUGGCAACGCGAUUGGCUGCGGACUUAUGACGUCAGGGCCCGGUGUCCCGGCUGUGAAUGGGGGCAGCAUGAGGCCGCACGGCCUUUUGCUCUCCGGACAGCGGCUGAAUCGGGCCAUGAGCCGGUGCGUUUUGGAGCCUCGGCCCCCGGGGAAGCGGUGGAUGGUAGCUGGCCUGGGGAAUCCCGGAUUGCCCGGCACGCGACACAGCGUGGGCAUGGCGGUCCUGGGGCAGCUGGCGCGGCGGUUGGGUGUGGCGGAGAGUUGGACGCGCGACCGGCACUGUGUCGCGGACCUCGCUCUGGCCCUGCUCGGGGAUGCUCAGCUGGUCCUGCUCCGGCCACGGCGGCUUAUGAACGCCAACGGGCGCAGCGUGGCCCGGGCUGCUGAGCUGUUUGGGCUGACUGCCGAGGAAGUCUACCUGGUGCAUGAUGAGCUGGACAAGCCCCUGGGGAAACUGGCUCUGAAGCUGGGGGGCAGUGCCAGGGGCCACAAUGGAGUGCGGUCCUGCAUUAGCUGUCUCAACUCCAAUGCAAUGCCAAGGCUGCGGGUGGGCAUUGGGCGCCCGACACACGCUGAGGCGGUACAGGCCCAUGUGCUGGGCUCCUUCUCCCCUGCUGAGCAGGAGCUGCUGCCUCUGUUGCUGGAUCGAGCUGCCGACCUGAUCUUGGACCACAUCCGAAGACUGAGUCCUGAGACCUUUCAGAGCCUCAGAGAAGGAAUCCACCUCCUCAGAAAAGGCCAGAAUCAGCAAAGGACAGACUUUCUGGGAGGCUCUCAGGGAAGAGGGGCCUCUGACCCUGAGGCAGUCCGUUCUCUGCAAGCAGCUUCUGUCUUGGGCUCACUCCCCUUCCCCUGACACCCUCCCUCCCUUCCUUCUGCUCACCUGCAGAAUGCUCUGUAGGAAGGAGGUGGCCUGGGCCAGGGCCGCCUCCAGGCUGGCCCGAACCUUCUGCUCAUCAGCCAGUUCCUGCGCUAGCCUCCGCAAGUCCACCUGCUGCUGCUCCAGCUGCAGACUCAGCUGGUCUCUCUGGCUCCUGGGCCCCAAUGAGUCAACAGCGUUCCCCCUUCCCCAGGACUGGUGCCACCUGGGGCCAGGGGCCCUCCCAUUUCUCUCCAAGCCCACAGGGACCCCUAGCCAGCCCCAAGCCUCAGCCGGUCUAGCAGUUUCCUCUAGAGAGAGAAAGUCACUGGCCCAGGUCGUGGGGUCAGAAAGAGCUGGGCUGGAGCUUGGCCCCAGCCUGCACCCGCCCCCUGCCACCUGCCCCUCCUCAGGCUAUACGCACGUCAGUGCCUGGUUGUCCACCUGCAGCUGCAAGACUGUCUGCUCCAACUGGCUCAGCAGGAGGCGCAGCUCCUUGGCCUCCUUGGUGCCCUGCUGCUGCUCCUGGCACUUCUUGGUCAGCAUAAGGAUGACCUGUGGGUGCGGGCAGGUGGCCAUGCCCUCAGCCAGCCCUGUCCCCAGCUCCAGACACAGCCAGGCCUCAUUGGCCCCGCUGUGCAGAGCGGCCAGUGCUGCCGCUGGACAGAGCCCCAAGCAUUCCAGGGCUGUGCUCUGCUUAUAUAAGUUACAGGGGCUUUGAGUAAAUAAAUCCGGAGUUAGGCCCACUGCCCUUCAGCCCCCACUGGAGGCCCAAGUCCUCUGUCCACUGCCUCCCUCUCUCCUGACUCGACUCCACCCCUGCAAGGCCCCUGGGGUCGCCUCCUGCCUCGCAUGCAAACGCCCUGUGCUGAGGCCUGCAGGCACACCUUCUGGCAGCCAAUUUUGUGCCUGGCCAUGACCUUCUCCGUGUUCUCCAGCAGCUCCACCUGUUUGCACAGAUAGUCCUGACUUCGCUUGAGCUGCUCAUUCUCCUGCAGCAGCUGCGCGCCUUGCCGGGAGAUCCUGGCGAUCUGUAGGGUAAUGCUGUUGUUCUCCGUGAUGGCCCGUUUGGUUGUCUCCCACAUCCGGUUUGUGGUCACCUUGCGGAACUCAUUGGCCACGACGUUCACGCGUUGGAUGAUUUCUUUCCUCAGUCUGGCCAGAAAGACAGGAGGGGAGGGGGGCCGGACUGAGGAAAGAGCGGGCACAAGCCCUGGGCACACCCCUUUCCUUUGUGAGGUUUCCAGAGCCCCUAGGGGUGUGAAACACCUGCAUGCCUUGGACCUUUGGAACUGGUACCAUUUCAGUGUACUCUCAACUAUUAAAUAAAAAUUAUUUAAUCCCAAUAAGUGGCAAAUGGAAGCCCUGGGAGUCUCCAGUGCCAACAAGAGGACUGCA